UCACCUCCGCCCGCGGCCCCGGGCGGUACCCUCACCGCCGGGCCCACCGCGCCCCCUCGCUGCCUCGCCCCCACAAACAGCCGACCGCCCCGCGCCCAGACACACACACACGAGCGCAGCGCACGCAGCCUGCAGGCAGAGGACUGCUCUCCUCUGCGCGAAGCGAGGCGCGGUGGCCGGUGCUGGGGCGAGGGAAGCGAGGCGGGUUGGGGUCGGCGGCCGCCUCCGCUGUCUCAGUCGGCGGGAGCAGGAGGUGCGCGGCGCGGGGAGCUGACGGUCCCGACCGACCGGCACCACGGCGGCCGCGGCGGAGGCCAUCGGCGGGGGCGGGGACCCCGAGGCCGCGGCGAGGCGGCGCUGGGAUCUGCCCGGCAAGGUGGCCGGGAACAUUGCAAUGGGGAAAAUUGAUAUGUCUACUGACGAAGAAUCAGAUUGUGUAGCUAUAUGUCCACCUAACAGAAAUGCUGGUCACGAGGAAGUUGUGAGUGGCAGCCAUGAUGAAGAUUCUUCAGGAAAGCAAGAGAACCCUUAUGCUGUGAACUCACAUAUGGACAGCAAUGGCCAGGAAGAUGUGUCUGUAAACCUAGACCUGCUCAAGCUGAUUCAUCAGCAGGAAUCUUCUGUCAGCAAUUCACCAACAAAGCCUGCAGUAGCUAGACAGCAAGGGUCUGGCCAUACUGUCCUUGAGCCAUGCGCUGUUGCACCUGAAAGAAGAUCAUCUGGAGCAGGGAAUAUUGCUCGAAUUCCUCAUCCCACCAGCAGCGGGGAAAAACUUUCGGAUAAAAGUAGCUCCUCACCAAGAAGCAUGGCAAAGAAGAGUCCAUCAUUCACACCCAGGAAGCCUCUCCAAUCUGACAACACUUCUCACAGUCAAGAUGAUGACUCAUAUUCUGUCACUUCUUCAACUGUAACUUCAGCAAGAGCUGGGAAAACUAAGAAGACAACUGUUGCUGUUGCACCUACAUUCGUCUGUGCUAAUCGUGCUGAGAAGAGAGGAGAGUUUUACACAAAAUUAGAAGAAAAACGCAAGGCUUUGGAAGAGGAGAAACUCCAAGCAGAGGCCAGAAAGAGGGAAGAGGAAGAAGAAGCUCUAAGACAACUGAGGAAGAACUUGGUCGUCCGAGCAAAACCCAUGCCAAGCUUCUACCAAGAGGGACCCCCACCAAAGGUUGAACUUAAGAAGGUGCCUCCAACUCGUGCCAAGUCACCAAAAUUGACACGGAGAAAGAGCUGCAGUGAAACCCCUCAUACACCAGAGGGAGGAAAUGGCAGUGCAGUAUGCUGCCGGUUGCAUCGCCACAGCAUUGGGAACGCCAGAGAUGUUAGCAGCAAGGCACAAUGUUCUCCAAAGAGCGCCUCAAAGGCUGGAUCAGCUACUAGAUCCAGGGUCACCAAAUCCAGGGAAGACCUGAAGGCUUCCGUGAAGAAAGUGGGACUGCCAAGCGCCGCGAACUUCGCUGUACAAACCUAACUCAUCAGGCAUUCACUCCCAUAUGCCAUUUUUCAUUUUAAUUUAUACCUCACAUCACCAAAAAGAUGGCCUCGUGUUAUUUUUGCAUUGUCCUUGUAAGAACCUGGCUACCAGAGACCUGCGCUGUUCCCGUCCUGUAAAUUUGUUGAAGGUUUUGUAAGGGGGUAACCGAGUCAGUCCUGUGAGAACCAAGCGGGUGGGCAGCUGAUGGGAUAUUGGAGUGACAUAUUGUCGUUGUGUGGCGGCAUUCGCGCGUUCUAUGUAUUGUAUCUGAGCUGUAACUUAUUGUGGACAUUGGCAAAGCGAUUCUGAUUGUUGUC